UAACUGAAGAUUUAUCGUGCCAAAUUAUUUAGCAAAAUCUUAUAUAACGUUGUUAUCUAAACAUAUCAUAUGAAAACCUAAAAGUAUUCAUUUGUACUUGCACAUUUCAUGGCAGAGUUUAUUUUUGACAUUCAGAACCCUAAACCUUCUUUCCCAGAAAUGAACUCAAACAGCAUGGAAUUACUGAACAACCUGAGUGAAAUGGAGGGUUUCAACACAAAUUUUGAUAGAAAUAUGCCUUCGUAUGAUGAAGGGUUUUCUGAUCAUCAAUCUCAACUGAUUUCUAUGACAUUCCAAGAGGAAAAUUCACGAACAAUUCAUCCUGCCGACUUCCCGGUUUACGAUCCAGCAGUUCUUAAUUUCUUUCCGUCAGAUGGAGGUUUGAACCAUGGAUGCAAUAACAUGAACGUUGCACCAGAAUCUGAUAUCCUGCUUAAGUAUUCUCCGUCCGUGUCUGGAUCUGGUUCAGUUGGAGCUAACAAGUUCGGCAAAAACUAUGCAAAUAAAGGUGGGAAGAAGAGAAAGAAAAUCAAUGAGACAGACUCCCAGAAACCUAGGGAGGUUGUCCAUGUCAGAGCAAAGAGAGGGCAAGCUACUGAUAGCCACAGUUUGGCCGAAAGGUUACGAAGGGAGAAGAUAAAUGACAAGCUGAAAUGCUUGCAAGACCUAGUUCCAGGGUGUUACAAGACAAUGGGGAUGGCUAUGAUGUUGGAUGUGAUCAUAAAUUAUGUCAGGUCACUUCAAAAUCAAAUUGAUUUUCUUUCAAUGAAACUAUCAGCAGCGAGUUUAUUCUAUGAUUUCAAUUCAUUGGAGGCAGAAGCUAUCGAAACAAUGCAGGGAACAACUGGAUAUGAAGCACAAGGGAUGGACAAACUUGUGGGAGAAGGUUAUGGAGGUCCACCCCAGUCCCAAGCCUCUUGGCCUUUUCUAUCUUAGUUUUCAUUGUAACAUAAAUAUGCUUUGUCCUACAUAUAAAUAAAUACAUACAUACAUACAUAUAUAUAAACACAUAUCUAUAUCAUCAUUCUGUGUAAAAGCUGCUUAUAAUGCAGGAUUCAUGAAUAACAGUCAAUUUAUAAUGUCGA